AGUAGUUUCCAACGCUUGCAGGAACGGAUAUAACUGAAAUACAAAGAAACCUUUGUCUUAUCAGUAAACUUGACACUGCAACUCUUCCUGAAUUCUCAAUUCUUCAUACAAAAAUGGUUCACUUAGCUAACUUAAAUGGUAUCACUGAGACCCUGCCAGCCAUCCCAAAGCUUCCCAGCAUUCAAAGAAGCAGGAAAACAGCGAAAAUAAUUGGAUUUCUUGGCAAGAAUACAGAAGACUUGAGAGAACAACCAUUGCAGAUGACCAGAAGAAUGGCAUUAAGCCUUGCCUCCAUUGCUCUUGUUGGAACUUCUAGCAACAGUAUCUCUCUCGCCGAAGAUAAUGGCUACUGGAUUACUGAUCUUCUACCUGUUCCUUCUGUCGAAAACAAAAUUGCGAAUGAGAAGACAGGCACUCGUUCUUUUGUAAAGAAAGGACUUUAUGUGGCUAAUCUCAACACCAAAAACCGCAUGUAUAGGCUGAAGAAAUAUGCAUUUGAUCUUCUUGCAAUGGCAGAUUUGAUUGGACCAGGCACCCUGAGUUAUGUUAAGAAGUAUUUGAGACUUAAGUCUACUGUUAUGUACUAUGAUUUCGACAAAAUCAUCUCUGCAGCACCAGUUGAUGAUAAGCGACCUCUAACUACUUUGGCUAACAGAUUAUUUGACAGUUUUGAGAAGCUCGAAGAUGCUGCAAAGACUCGUAACCUGCCCCAGACAGAAUCAUGUUAUCAGAACACGAAAGUUAUUCUCCAAGAGGUCAUGGAUCGAAUGGCUUAAAAUCUGUAGAAUUUGCUUUCUUCAAUAUUGGCAAUAUCUAUAUGCUUUGCACCAUGCAGCUCCUUUGUCCUCGAGUACAUUAGCAUAUAUGAAAAGGGGAAGAAAGGGAAAAUGGUGUCUUCAUUUCAUUU